AUGACGUUCUGUGCCGGAAGAGAAGACGACAGCCACAGCUCUCGCAGCGCCAGCGGUUGGCCCGAGGACGGCUGGAGAGCUCCUGUGGUCGCUGACGAAGAGGGGCACUGGGCUCAAGUCGGCAAUCGUCGGGGCAAAGACGACGCGGCGAUGCGCGACAUGUUUGCAAAGCAGCUCACGGACGUGUCGCGGGUCUCCGUCGAGAGCCUCUCGUGGGAUCUGCCGGGCCACGAAUCCAGUGGCGACGACGACGACGACGACGGGUCGUCCGCGUUUGUGCUGCCCACCGCGUCGGUCAGCCCGACCGCAGAAGCUGAUCCGCUGCACUGGGACCUCAUCUCGCCGUGCUCCGAGACGUCGUCUUCUCGAUCCCGCGUCUCGUCUCCGUUGACACACGUGUUGCGCUCGUCUCGAGGCAGUGAGCUGAAGGGGUCCGAGCACGAGUCGGAAGGUACGCACGCGAUGAUGAAAGCCAGCGCUCAAGAGCUGGUGGCGGAGGAGGAGCUGGAGGAGCUGGAGGAGCACGAGCAGGAAAGAGGUUACGACGUGCAGGUUGAGGAGGAGGAGGGGGCGACGGCAGAUGACUCGACGACGUGCUGGGUACCUGACGUCUGCAGUGUCCUGUCGUCAGCUGCAGUCACUCCAGCGCCGGUGAACCCGUUUGCGGGUCACCCGUCGGCUGCGCUGGCAGAGACGCGGGACCAGUCAACCCACGAAGUCCGUAGCACCUGCGACGAAGCCACGCGACUGCGUCGGCCGAGUCUCUUGCCCCGAGUUCCCAUUGCUGCGCCCUGGAGACGACCAAAGGCCCGCACGUGCUCGGGCGCGGGAUCGGCAGCAAUGGCUCUCGCUGCUGUCAAGGCGCGCGCGCGCUCAGUGUCUCGUGCGGGGCGGCACCCAGUCACCGUCAAGGACGACGAAGACGACGGCGACUUUUCGAGCGACGAUGAGGGGUACAGACCAGCGCUGCCUCGCCGCAGCGUGGAUGAGAUGGAGCCCAGUCAGGCGGAUCAGCGGCGACGAGCAGCGAGUACGGGCUUUGCCAGGCGUCGACUAAGCGUGAACGUUAGCAUGAAACCGGCGAUGGUGGCCAAGCACCUGCAGGACGCGGUGGACAAGCUGAACAGUCAAUUGCACCUGCUUCGAUCGGGUUCGAGCGCUUCGACCGCCAUGAGUGAAGAGAGCUACCUCGAGAGUCCUGCGUAUCAAGAGGUGAUGGCCUCGCCGACUCGUGCAUCGAGCAUCCGCCUGGACGCUGCAACGCCCGUGCGGCUUAUCAGUGCCGCAAACGCGUGCUCUGCUGAGAGCGACCCACAACAGUCGACACGUCAGCAGAAGCUGCGUGCAGGCGUGUUCAAGGCCGCUGGGCUGUUGAACGUCGUGUCAGCUGAAGCCGCGCGGAAGCUCAAGUCGCGCGGCUUUCGUGGUCGACAAAAGGCCGCGAGCGAGACGGAAGAAGAAGAUUCCGAGUUCUCGUCGCCGUAUUCUGGGACGCUGGACAUUUAA